CUAGCGCAGCUAGAGCAAUCUGUGCUCUGCCAAGACGGAAGAUUCCCAUCAGAAUAAACUACCAUCCUGGGUUCAUCCCAAUUUUUCUUGACUUUUGACUUUUAAAAUUUUCUGAGAUCUCGGGAUCUGGUUUUCUUUUACGAUGCUGUUAACCACUUAACCCUAAGUUACUCUCUGAUAUCUAGAAUGUUUGCUGGAUCGUACACAGUAGCACAGACGGUGGAUAUCAGCCGUUCAUCUAGAUAGACACAAUCUAUAGCCGCCGUCUUCCCGUGUCCUGUUAUCGGAAGGGGAAAAAGGGUAGGCUCUGAGAAGCGUGGGCGCCUCUCUCUCUUCGUGAAGCGCAGAAGCGUCGGCGGAGAUGGAGCCGCCGAGGAGAGGAGGACUGGCGAUGGUGGUGAUGGGCGGGCUUGUUCUGGUCGUCCUGCUGUGCGGCGCGGCGGAGGGGUGGACGGGGGAAAUCCACGGGAGGGUGGUCUGCGAUGUGUGUGGGGAUUCUUCCAUAGGACCAGAAGAUCACGUCUUGGAAGGUGCUGAGGUGGCUGUUCUUUGCAUAACUAAAUCUGGUGAAGUUAUUAAUUAUCAGGCCUUCACAAACUUGAAAGGCAUUUAUACAGUGGCAGAGACCAUGCCUGAGAGCGAUCGGUGGGUGUCAUGCUUAGCAAGGCCCAUCAGCAGCUACCAUGAGCAGUGCACUCGGAAGGGAGAUGCCCACUCCGGGGUCAAGUUCACUUACAAUUUGCCAUCUGGAAACUCUCACACUGUCAGGCCAUUCCUUUACAAACCUGUUUCCGUGCCAAUGUAUUGCAGCUGAAAGAUGUACUGUAUGUUGGGAAACAUACCAGUAAAUAUAUAGUACAAACUCAUGUAUGUUGGUUGAGUGGAGGAAGAAGGAAUCCUAAAGCCUAUAGAAUAUCAAGUUGGUUGUGCAUACUUGAUGUAACAAAAUGACUGUAUUUGCUAUACCGGUUAUCUGUGUUCAUUAGCUCCAA